AUUUCUUUAUCUUUUUGAAGGGUGGAGUCAAAUACUUUGAAAUGUAGUCUUCUUGUCUCAGUUUUCCUAUUUAUGUGUAGAAAACAUCACCUCCAUAUUUUUGUCUAGCCUUAGUUAUCUUUGUUAGUUUUAGAGAAAAUAAGUCUCAUCUAAAGGAUAUUUCUUCCCUUUAGCUUCAAUGGUCCCUAAACCCUUGGCUAAAAGAGAUUCUUCUUUUGUAAAUCCUGUGGAAUUAAGUAGGAAAGAUGUUUGGUGAUUGCCAACUAUUUUCAUCCAUGGGGAUGGGAGGGAAUGCUGUAUCUUCAGAUUCACUCUAUUCUUCCCCCAUUCAGAACCCUAAUUUCAACUUCAUGGCCAUGGGAGGAAAUAACUUGCCUUUCAAUAUUUUUCCUCCCAAUAUUAUUCCUAAAGAAGAAAAUGGACUAUUCAAAAGCAAAGAAGAAAUGGAUAGUGGUUCUGGAAGUGAACAUAUCGAAGGAAUGUCUGGAAAUGAACUAGAAACUGAGCAACAACAACAACAGCAACAACAACCAGGCAAAAAAAAGCGUUAUCAUCGGCACACUGCUCGCCAGAUCCAAGAAAUGGAGGCGUUAUUUAAGGAAUGCCCACAUCCAGAUGACAAGCAAAGGCUCAAACUAAGCCAAGACCUUGGCCUAAAACCACGUCAAGUCAAAUUUUGGUUUCAAAACCGACGAACCCAAAUGAAGGCUCAACAAGACCGAGCAGAUAAUGUUAUACUUAGAGCUGAGAAUGACAACUUAAAGAAUGAGAAUUAUCGGCUGCAAGCAGCAUUACGCAGUAUUAUGUGCCCCAGUUGUGGAGGUCCUGCCAUGCUCGGAGAGAUGGGUUAUGAUGAACAGCAACUUCGCCUUGAAAAUGCUCGUCUCAAAGAAGAGUUUGAGCGUGUGUGCUGUCUUGUUUCACAAUAUAAUGGUCGGGGGCCAAUGCAAGGAACUCCUCUUCUUCCUCCUUCGUUGGAAUUAGACAUGUCCAUUAAUUUCUCAAGGAAGUUCGAGGAGCCAAUGGCGAAUUGCAGUACCGAGAUGGUCCCUGUUCCAUUCAUGCCUGAAAACAAUUCCCAGUUUUCUGGUGGUCCAAUUAUCUUGGAAGAAGAAAAAUCUAUUGCAAUGGAACUGGCUCUUUCCUCAAUGGAUGAACUAGUAAAGAUGUGCCAAGCUGCUGACCCACUCUGGAUUCGGACUACUGAUUCUGGAAAAGAAAUUCUCAAUGUGGAAGAAUAUUCAAGAAUGUUUCCUUGGCCUGUCGGGAUUAAGCAGAACAGCAAUGAGCUCAGAAUUGAAGCAACUCGCAGCAGUGCUGUUGUCAUUAUGAAUAGCAUCACUCUAGUUGAUGCACUCUUAGAUGCAAAUAAAUGGAUAGAACUUUUCCCAUCUAUAAUUUCUAGAGCCAAAACUAUUCAAGUUGUGACCUCAGGAGUAUCUGGACAUGCAACUGGUUCUCUUCAACUGAUGUUUAUGGAAAUGCAAGCUCUCACACCCUUAGUGCCUACACGAGAAUGUUAUUUCCUCCGUUAUUGCCAGCAGAAUGUGGAAGAAGGGACUUGGGCAAUUGUUGAUUUUCCUCUUGACAGUCUUCACAACAAUUUCCCUGCUCCUUUCCCUUAUUUCAAAAGAAGACCUUCUGGCUGCAUCAUUCAAGACAUGCCCAAUGGCUACUCUAGGGUUACAUGGGUGGAACAGGCUGAGGUUGAGGAGAAUCCAGUGAAUCAGAUAUUCAAUCAGUAUGUGAGUAGUGGUAUGGCAUUCGGAGCACAACGAUGGUUAGGAAUCUUGCAGAGACAAUGCGAAAGGCUAGCUAGCCUUAUGGCACGAAACAUAUCUGACCUUGGAGUGAUACCAUCUCCAGAAGCGCGAAAGAGUUUGAUGAAUCUGGCUCAGAGGAUGAUCAAGACAUUCUGUAUGAACAUUAGCACCUCUUGUGGGCAGUCAUGGACAGCUCUUUCUGAUUCUCUUGAGGACACUGUUCGAAUUACUACCAGAAAAGUCACAGAGCCAGGCCAACCCAAUGGACUAAUCCUAUGCGCCGUUUCAACUACUUGGAUUCCAUAUAAUCAUUUCCAGGUCUUUGAUCUCUUGAGGGAUGAACGUCGAAGAGCUCAGUUGGAUGUGCUUUCAAAUGGCAACUCACUGCAUGAGGUGGCUCACAUUGCAAAUGGCUCUCAUCCAGGAAAUUGCAUUUCUCUUCUUCGCAUUAAUGUGGCUAGCAACUCAUCCCAGAGCGUAGAGCUGCUGCUGCAGGAGAGCUGCACGGAUGAUUCCGGCAGCCUUGUGGUCUACACCACCGUCGAUGUGGACGCCAUCCAGCUAGCCAUGAACGGCGAGGCCCCAUCGUGCAUUCCUCUUCUUCCCUUAGGCUUUGUUGUAACACCAGUGGGACAAAUCAAUAACUGUGACACUAACAUUAAUCCUAGUGAAGCUAAUUCAGGUGCACAAUCUUCGGAGAAGAGGAACUUGUCAAUCCAAGAAUCUGGAUCUGGAGGCUGUCUACUCACUGUUGGAUUACAAGUCCUCGCCAGCACAAUUCCAACUGCAAAGCUCAACCUUUCUAGCGUCACUGCCAUUAACCACCACUUAUGCAACACCGUACAACAAAUCACUGCUGCACUUUCCGCUUUCAACCCCGAGCCAGCAAUAACGGUACCGUCACCACAACUACAACCUCAGCAACAGCAACUAGAACCAAAGCAAGCAGAUGAAAUCAGCUCAAAUUCCUAAUUACCCAAAACCUCCCUUUAACAAAAUUUCCAAUAUUUUAUUUUGGAAAAGGUUGGGGGAGGUUAUGAGUAAUUGGUGAAAAUGCGAAGUGGGUAGGUGUGUAUGUCUUUUGUUGGCCCGAGGGGGGGGGGGGGUUAGAUAUGUCCAGCAACAUAUGGACUAGUAGUACUAUUGCAUAGGUAGAUGGGGCCAUGCAAAUGAAGGUUAUAGCCUGUGCAUGUGCAUGGCUGGGCCCGAGUAAAUAAAUGAGAAGAGUCAGAAGGUAGUUGUUAGGUAGGUGGGUAAAUCCAGUGAAAUGAUUGUGUAUUUCUUGAAUAUGUUUUGUGAUAAGAUUCUAAGAUAUUGGGAAGUCAAGAACGAACCAGGUGAGAUCCUUGCUGAAUGGUGAGAGACCCCAAGGAAAGAAUAUUUUAAUGUUUUUUGUGCUGAAAUAGUAGUAAUGGGCCUCUCUCACCAGCUAACAAGGGUAUGGUUCGGGUAUUGACUUCUUGUUUUAUGUCCCCCUCCCCUCCUAGUGAUUAAUUUUGGUAUUGUUGAAAAUAUGAAUUCGCAGCUGUUUCCGCAUACACUAAUUGUAGUAGUAACCUUAGAAUUAAGAUUUA